UGACAGCCAGAGAGAGAGAGAGAGAGAGAGAGCGCGAGAGAGCUAGUUGAGAAGAACUGCGUAGCAAACUGUUGGAAACUAGCGCCUGACAGAGUCCCUCUUGCACUCAACUUUAGGAUAAAGGACAAAGCGUUACAACGUCCAUAGAGGGUUGACUGACUGGCUGCCCGGAGGCUGUCUUUGUGGUCUCCCCUCCACUGGCUUCCACCAUAGGUGAGCAUCAAGUUUGUGGAGCUCCUGUUUAGAGUAACACAGAGCUGAAGACCGCAGGGUGUGGAAGCAUGGCGGUGUGGAUCCAGGCCCAGCAGCUGCAGGGGGACGCGCUGCACCAGAUGCAGUCCCUCUACGGGCAGCACUUCCCCAUCGAGGUGCGACACUACCUGUCCCAGUGGAUCGAGGGCCAGCUCUGGGAUGCCAUCGACCUGGAGAACCCCCAGGAGGAGUUCAAAGCCAAACGCAUGCUGGAGGGUCUGAUCCAGGAGCUGCAGAACAAGGCGGAGCACCAGGUGGGGGAGGACGGCUUCCUGCUGAAGAUCAAGCUGGGCCACUACGCCAGCCAGCUCAAGAGCACGUAUGACCGCUGCCCACUGGAGCUGGUGCGCUGCAUCAAACACAUCCUCUACACGGAGCAGCGGCUCGUCAGGGAGGCCACCAACUCCAGCUCUCCGGUGGGCAGCAUGAUGGACAGCAUGUCCCACAAGUACCAGCAGAUCAACCAGGCGUUCGAGGAGCUGCGCCUGCUCACGCAGGACACAGAGAACGACCUGCGCAAGCUCCAGCACAACCAGGAGUACUUCAUCAUCCAGUACCAGGAGAGCCUCCGCAUCCAGGCCCAGCUGAGCAGCCUGGCCUCGCUGCCCCCUGCGGACAGACAGCUGCGGGAGCCGGCAUUGCUCAGCAAGAGGGCGACCGUGGAGGCGUGGCUGACGAGGGAGGCCAACACACUACAGAAGUACAGACUGGACCUGGCGGAGAAGCACCAGAAGACCCUGCAGCUGCUGAGGAAGCAGCAGACGGUCAUCCUGGAAGACGAGCUCCUCCAGUGGAAGAGACGCCAGCAGCUGGCCGGGAACGGGGCCCCCCCAGAGGGGGGCCUGGACAUCCUGCAGUCCUGGUGUGAGAAGCUGGCGGAGACCACCUGGUUGAACCGGCAGCAGAUCCGCAGGGCGGAGCACCUCAGGCAGCAGCUGCCCAUCCCUGGGCCCAUCGAGGAGCUGCUCAACGACCUCAACAGCACCGUCACCGACAUCAUCUCAGCACUGGUUACCAGUACAUUCAUCAUUGAGAAGCAGCCUCCACAGGUGCUGAAGACUCAGACCAAAUUUGUGGCCACCGUGCGUCUCCUGGUGGGAGGCAAGUUGAACGUGCACAUGAACCCCCCACAGGUCAAGGCAACCAUCAUCAGUGAACAGCAAGCCAAGGCCCUGCUGAAGAAUGAAAGCACAAGGAACGACAGCAGCGGGGAGAUCCUCAACAACAACUGUGUGAUGGAGUACCACCAGACCACAGGAACACUCAGUGCCCACUUCAGAAAUAUGUCUUUAAAGAGGAUCAAGCGGUCGGACCGGCGAGGGGCCGAGUCCGUCACAGAGGAGAAGUUCACCAUCCUGUUUGAGUCCCAGUUCAGCGUGGCGGGGAACGAGCUUGUGUUUCAAGUCAAGACAUUAUCUCUUCCAGUAGUGGUGAUCGUACACGGCAGCCAGGACAACAACGCCACAGCAACAGUACUGUGGGAUAAUGCUUUUGCCGAACCGGGCCGGGUCCCCUUCCUGGUGCCAGACAAGGUGCUGUGGCCCCAGCUCUGCGAGGCCCUUAAUAUGAAGUACAAGGCGGAGGUGCAGAGCAAGCGCGGCCUGUCUGAUGAGAACCUGAUGUUCCUGGCCACCAAGGCCUUCUCCAGCAACCCGGAGUCUGACUGCCGGAACAUGACCAUGACCUGGUCGCAAUUCAACAGGGAGAGCCUGCCUAACAGGAACUUUACGUUCUGGCAGUGGUUUGACGGAGUCAUGGAGCUCACGAAAAAACACCUCAAACCACACUGGAAUGAUGGAGCCAUCCUAGGCUUUGUGAACAAGCAGCAGGCUCAGGACAUGCUGCUCUCCAAGCCCAAUGGUACCUUCCUGCUGCGCUUCAGUGACUCGGAGAUAGGCGGCAUCACCAUCGCCUGGGUGGCAGAGAACCCCAACAAAGCAGGUGAGAGGAUGGUGUGGAACCUCAUGCCCUACACAACCAAAGACUUCUCCAUCCGCUCCCUGGCCGAUCGCAUCAGCGACCUCAACCACCUGCUGUUCCUUUACCCCGACCGGCCCAAGGAUGACGUCUUUGCCAAGUACUACACCCCACCCCUCUCCAAAGCAGUAGACGGCUACGUCAAGCCACAGAUUAAACAAGUGGUGCCUGAGUUUGCCACAGCCAAUCACGACCCGGCGAGCGGCAAUCCCACCUACAUGGACCACGGUGCCUCCCCUGCCCCCCUCAGUCACCCACAUAGCUACGCCAUAUACCCACCCAUGAGUGACUCCAUGCUGGACGGCGAGGGAGAGUUCGACCUGGACGACACCAUGGACGUGGCGAGGCACGUGGAGGAGCUUCUGCGGCGGCCCAUGGACAGCCAAUGGAGCGGCCCGCAAUCCUGACCUUUGACCCUGAAACCCCGCCCCCUCGACCCCCCCGUCCUGUCCUGUCCUGCUCCUAACAAUACAGAAAUGAAUCCUGCCUCUCCGUGCACCGAACCUCUUGACAUUUCUCAUGGUUGAAUUCCAUUUGUUUCUCAUUUGUGGUUGUAUGUCCUCUUCAUUUUGUUUCGUUAUUUUUAUUUUAUUUUUUUGGUUUUUGUUAGUUCGGGAUGUCUACAAUGUGAAAUGUUCCUAAUGGUUGUGAUCGUUAUUCUUUCCAGCAUGAAAAACAUGCAUGUCAGUGACCUAUCUUUAGAUGUCUUCUCGGCAUAUCUGUAAAACUGACUCGUAAAUAAAAGAAAAAAGAAAAAAAUAUGUUACAGAAUUCUGAUGAAGAAAAACAGAACAAAACUAUUAAAAAGCAUUGCGCAUGCUCUUCGGUUGUUUUUCCAACAGAAAGAUAUUUUAUUUUUAUUAUAUUUUUUAAUGCUACUGUAUCAAGUCCCGUCGACGGCUGUCAUGUUUUUAUGUUUCAUAUCCUCCGGUGUAAAUUGAUAUUUACAUUGAAGCUGCCGUUUGCGCAACAACCAUCUUUAGAAAUCUGUGCUUAUCUGUUUUGUCCACCUGACCGGAGAUGAUGCAACAGAGGUGGCUCAUCUCUUAAGGUCCACAUACACUAAUACAAAUGCAACGCUUGCUACUGGCUGACUCCACCUCCUCUCUCUCUCUCUUUCAUGCUCCAAUACAUCAAUCAAAUGCAUGUGGGCGAGUAUAUGAUUGUUUGUUCUUUAAGGGCACCAGGGGGAAGGGUGAGUGAUCACUCUCUCAUUCUCUCUUCCUCUUUUUUGCUCUAUCCCUCCAUAUGACAGGGCUAUUCAUCCUCUAUUUGUCAUCGAAAAAUGCAAAUUUUUCUCCCCUCUGCUCUGUGACCUGCUCUAUUCGAUCAUCAUCGUUGACUUAACGAUGAUGGGCUCCCAGCAUGACGUAGGGCUCACGCUUAGCCUCCGCUCGUUCCUCUGUGCUUGAUGUACAGCAGGAUCGAGAAGGAAUGGCAUGGGGGACGAGAGGUUGAUGUGUUUUGAAUUGUUUCAGACUUGAAAACCACUUUGCUGUUUUUGUUUUGCCACAUCCGUUGUCGGCUCCUGUCUCUGUGUGGGGAUACUAUACUGCCAUGUGCACACGUGUGACGUCAAAACAACAUGGAG